AGCUUGGAGCUUCCACUUGCUUACUAUACUGGAAAUGGCCAGUCCGAGAGGCAGCGCGGCAGGAAAGGACUCGAGACUUGACCAUGGAGUACCAUCACCCGUGACUGUUCCUCAAGGGGUCGGUCUUGCCUCUUUCUCAUGAUGGCGGUUGUUCAGGAGUCGACUGGGAAAGAGCAACCGCUUCUCUGGCUUGACAAAAGAGCAUCAUCUCCCCAAAUCCCCGAGUGAUGUUGUUCUACUCUUCUCCUUGUUCUCUUUCAUCACCAAUACUCUGCUAGGCUGAGCACCGUUCGCUUUCCCCCCUUUUUUGGACCACGGAUUUUGGACUUGUGAGUUUUGGAACCGCUUUGGCCUUCUCCUUUUGGAAGUGUAUCGACUACCUACCUACACAACCACCAUCUUCUCCCGUUGUUUUGAGCAGACACAGUCGUCUCCUGGCUACCAUGCGGGCUGCCGCUCGUUACCUGCCAGUCCUCCUCCUUCUCCCCAUCAGCGUCGCCUCCAACGAUGUCUUGGGCAGCAAGGGGACAGGAACAACCCCGGCCUUCCGGCAUGUCCACCGCAAGGUCGAGAGCGAUGAGCCUCAUGAGCCUGAGCCAAACCGACUUGGUGUCCCUGGCCUGACAAUCGGUCCCAAUAUCCUGUCUUCACUGCUCAAUCCUCCAGCCCAAACUACCCUUUCGGUUACAACAAGUACUGGUAGUGCCGCACCCGCACUUGAGUCGAACUCUGCGGUCAUCGGGGGUCUCAUCUCGUUACUCAACACGGUCUUGGGCUCACUAACGACCAGUCUUCCCAACGUCGGUACAGCGGCGGCCAACCCCAAUGCUGCGCUUCCUACUGAUGUCGCUUCUCUCGUACCACUAAUCUCAGCCUUGGAGAGCGUUCUUCAGCCUGGAGGACAGCAGGACACCACAACGCCAACUGCCGUUCCUAAGCCCAGGACUGUCACUUCCGCUUUCAUUGCCUGUACCAACCAACGCGAUUCCAACACCGGGGGUGGUUUCAAUCUUGAGUGCCAUUUUGCCAACCGCACCGGUCCCGACAUCUGA